UUCACUUGCAUAUUUAUCUUCUUCUCAGCUCACACCCAUUCCUCUCUCUCUCUCUCUAAAAUCUAAGUCUAAGCAAACAUGAUAAAUUGAUUCCACAUUUCUUCAUAAUGUUGUGUUUUUGGAGGCUUAUUGCGUUGAUUUGGUUUGUGAGCUUAGUUUCCGGAGCAGCGGUUUUGCCUCCUGAUGAAGUGGAAUCGCUGAGGGUGAUAGCGAGGAGGUUGGGGAAAGGGGAUUGGAAUUUCAGCGUGGAUCCAUGCAGCGGGUUGUCGGGCUGGGCGACCCCGAACCCGAUUAAAGGCAGUGAAAAUGCAGUGACUUGCAACUGCACGUUUGACAAUAGCACCACUUGUCACAUUACCAGCAUAAUUCUGAAGGCCCAAAAUCUGAAUGGAUCAGUCCCACGCGAGUUUAUUAGGCUCCCAUUUCUUCAAGAGAUUGAUCUCACUCGGAACUACCUCAACGGCACCAUCCCCCCGGAAUGGGGCUCCAUGAAACUCGUAAACAUUUCUUUGAUUGGAAACCGUAUCACUGGUUCGAUACCGAAAGAGCUCGCCAACAUCACUACGCUUCAACAACUUGUUUUGGAGUACAAUCAGUUGUCUGGAACUAUACCUCCCGAGCUCGGGAAUCUUCCUCUAAUACAAAGACUACUAUUUACCUCCAACAAUCUAACCGGAGAAUUACCCGCAAGUCUAGCAAAACUGACCACUUUGACAGACUUUCGUGUUAGUGAUAACAACUUCAUAGGAAGCAUACCGAAUUUUGUCCAGAACUGGACGAACAUGGAAAAACUAGUGAUUCAGGCUAGCGGUCUAUCUGGGCCGAUCCCGACUGGUAUUGCUUCCUUAACCAAAAUGACUGACAUGAGAAUCAGCGACUUGACUGGAAACGAUUCAAGUUUACCGUCUCUUAGUCCAAUGAAAAAGCUAAAGACACUGAUAUUGAGAAGUUGCAACAUUGUUGGGACAUUGCCGGAUUAUAUUGGAGAUAUGACGACACUCAAACUUUUAGAUCUAAGUUUCAAUAAACUAACCGGACCAAUUCCCGAGAGCUUUAUUAGUCUAUCAAACACGGACUACAUCUAUUUAACCGGGAAUUCUCUAAGCGGGCCACUGCCAGCUUGGAUGCUCAAAGACGGGGACAACAUUGAUUUGUCGUACAACAACAUUACGUACGAAAGUUUACCAGCAGAGUGUCAGCCGCGUAAACUAAACUUGUUUGCCAGCUCGAGAGGAAACACCAAUAGCGCUGUUUCCUGCUUAAGAAGCAGUUGUGAACGAAAGUAUUAUUCGCUUCGCAUAAACUGUGGAGGAAAACAAGACGUGGACGACAAAGGAACUAGCUAUGACGACGAUACAAAUUCUGGUGGGGCCUCGAAUUUCUUUCGUAGUAGGACAAACUGGGGAUUCAGCAGCACUGGCCACUUCUUGGACGACGAUCGCUCCAGAGACUCCUACACGUGGCAAAACGCCUCAAGCAUAUCCGGACAGAACCAGAAGCUGUACACGGAUGCACGCCUCUCUCCCCUCUCGUUGACAUACUACGGAUACUGUUUGAUAGAUGGAAACUACACAGUAAACCUCCACUUCGCGGAGAUCAUGUUUACGGAUGACAGAAAGUAUAGUAGCCUCGGAAAGCGUAUAUUUGAUGUCUACAUUCAGGGGAAGCUGGUCCUGAAGGAUUUCAACAUUGAACUUGAGGCAGGAGGAGUAAACAAGCCAAUAACGAAAAACUUCACUGCGGUUGUUACUGAUAAUACGUUGGACAUUCGCUUCUAUUGGGCUGGAAAGGGUACGAACGGCAUGCCUGUAAGAGGAGUCUAUGGUCCUCUCAUUUCAGCCAUUUCCGUCGAUCCUAACUUUACGCCCCCGUCUUCGUCAGAAGGUGGAAGUAGCAUUUCUGGAGGUGCUAUAGGUGGUAUAGUGGUAGGAGUUCUUUUUGCAGCCGUUUUGGUUCUAGGCGUUCUCUGGUGGAAGGGUUGUUUUGCACGUAAAGAUUCGAUGCACGAUGAUUUGAAGGGUUUAGACCUUCACACUGGAUCAUUUACACUAAGGCAAAUCAAAGCUGCCACGAACAACUUCGAUCCUGCUAAUAAGAUCGGUGAAGGUGGUUUUGGUCCUGUAUUCAAGGGUGUUUUAUUAGACGGUACAGUCAUUGCUGUGAAGCAGCUUUCUUCCAAAUCAAAGCAGGGGAACCGCGAAUUCAUAAAUGAAAUAGGCAUGAUUUCUGCCUUGCAACACCCUCACCUUGUUAAGUUGUAUGGAUGCUGCAUCGAAAGCAACCAGUUGCUGCUCGUGUACGAGUAUUUGGAAAACAACAGCCUUGCUCGUGCACUAUUUGGUCCGGAAGAUCUGCAAUUGCAUUUGGACUGGCCUAUGAGGCACAAGAUCUGCAUCGGUAUAGCACGAGGCUUGGCCUACCUCCACGAGGAGUCGAGACUGAAAAUUGUGCACCGUGACAUCAAGGCCACGAAUGUGCUCCUUGACAAGAACCUAAUGCCUAAGAUAUCUGAUUUCGGACUUGCCAAGCUUGACGAAGAGGAUAAUACUCAUAUAAGCACGCGCGUCGCUGGAACUUUUGGAUACAUGGCUCCUGAAUACGCGAUGCGAGGCUAUUUGACCGAUAAAGCAGACGUAUACAGCUUCGGAGUAGUUCUCCUAGAAGUCAUAUGUGGAAGGAGCAACACCAGCAUGAAGACCAAGGAUGAUUGCUUCUAUCUUCUUGAUUGGGCUAAUACGUUGAAGGCGAAAGGAAAUCUGCUGGAGCUAGUGGACUCAAGGCUGGGAUCAGACUUCAACAAAGAAGAGGCGAUGACGGCCAUCAACGUGGGGCUGCAGUGCACGAAUGCGCUGGCUGCGGAGAGGCCAAGCAUGUCGACCGUGGUGAGCAUGCUCGAGGGGACAGUAGGCGUUCAGCACUUCGUCUCAGGCACGAAUGUGUCGGUUGGGAAGGAGGGGGCUGAUGAGGUCACGGAGGGGCAGAGUAUAUCCAUGGACGUGCCGUGGACCGGAUCCUCGACAAAUACUGCUGAUCUGUACCCGGUGACUGUGGAUACUGAAUACUGGGAGAAGAGAGAUCUCUAGAGUUUUGAAGUGUUUUCUUGUUUCUUAUCAACUUUGUAUAUUUCUUGACUUUUUUUUAUGGCUUUGUACUAUUUUUUACCUUCCCUUGUUGGUGAUGUGUAAUUAGACAAUUUUCUUAUUUGUCACAUUACUGUAUGAUAUAGGGAGUUGUUACACACUUGAUUAACCUUAUUAUUUGAAGUUGAAGUUGAAGAAAAUGUUGCAAGUAUUAUUAA